GAGAUAUAUAUUGGAGGGGGUGGAAUCAGCUCCACAUGUCGUCUCGGUGCGCGGUCCGCUCUCGAACGAAGCCAAGAGGAACAACUCGACACGCCAGCCCAGUCACAGUCAUAUCAGUACAGCUCUCGAUCAGGACGGCCACAGCACAGCAGAGCAGCUCUCUAUAUGCUCCUGUUGUAAUAGAGGCUAUCUAGCUAGCGACGUUUCUCCUAUUUGAUUGGUUGUCUACCUAUACACCACAGCAGUCCAUCGCUCGUCGAUAUACUAGCCACGUACAGCCGGACACCCACGCACGACAGUUUCGCCCAUUUUUCUUCUGCUCGAAUCCUGCCGUCAUCAAUCAUUUAUUUUUCUUCAUUGACUCGUUUUGAUCCUCGUUGAUGGUCUUUUGUAUCUUUUUGAUUGUCCGUCUAUAAGAUAUCUCGUCGUCGUCGUCGUCGUUUUCAUCACUCUACUCUGUUUAGGUUAUCUGUAUAGAGUCUAGACGUGUCUGUCUAUUUAUCUUUCAUCGUUUCUCACACGCCUUGUAGAGAUAUUGGCGCGCUUGAUUCUCUUUGAUCAUCGCUGAGUGAUGUACACAACUUGUGCAGUUGAUAAAUUCCCGUCUUGUUAGUGCCGCUCGCUCGCGUCAGAUGAUUGCCUACAGUAACCGCGUCGCACCAGCAGCAGCACAUCCCCCAAGGAUGAAUUGAUUUGCUUUGCCGUUUUCCCACUUUGCCCGUUUUCACUCUCUACGUUUUGACAUUGGUGCUGCUGCUACAUCUCUCCUCUAUCUACAUAGCUGCCGCUGCUGCUGCUGCUGGAAAUCCUCCUUGAUUUUGGACGACCAAAAGGAUCGUCGUCGUCGUCGCAGUUCCGCUUUGUCACACGCACAGAUUCUCACACGUGUGCCCCGGAUGAAGACUGGGCGACAGACAUCACCCCACUCAUUUCGGGGGACAUGAACUCUCGAGACAAGUGUGAAGUGAGAAUUAUGUUGCCAACUGUUGUAUAGACAUUGCCGUCGUCGGGGCAUCUACCACCACCGAAGGCAACCAGCAGUGACCAUUUGAUUUCACAAGUUUAUUGGACGCUUUUCUCUUAUACAAAAGACAAAUCGGGGAAAUAUAUUAGGACGCAUAGUUGUUGGAUCUCAUCGGCGCAAAUCACAAAUUGUUGAAGAGAUGGUGAUGAUUCGGGGGAUCGUAACCAUUAUUUGGUGGUUAUGCUGGGCAAGUUUGGAAACUUCAACUUCGUGGAAAUCUUUCGGAAGCAUCCUAGUAAGUAGUGAUAACAACACUGACAGCAAAAGCAGUAUACAGCCCUACGGAUUAGUCAACAAAUCACACGUCGUCACUUCCGGGCGAAGAUGGGAUUUAAAUGAAACGGAAACAUCAUUGCCGCCAAAGAUAAACACAGUCAUCACCGCGCAGUCAGGAGACACAGCAUUUCUUCCUUGCCACGUAUCACUGAGGGAAGACCACGGCGUGUCUUGGGUGCGUCGUCGAGAUUGGCAUAUUUUAACGGCAGAUUCAAAAGUAUACUCAAGGGACGAAAGAAUUCGCGUUACUUCUGUUGAUAACACUGAAAAUACUUGGACGUUACUAAUAAAAUACAUCCAGAAAGAAGACGAAGGCAUCUACGAUUGUCAGAUAACAACCAGGAGAUCAGCAUGGGCACAGUCCAUUGAAUUACGAAUUGUUGAACCACAAGCCGUACUGGUUGGCACAGAAGAUAUAUAUGUUGGCGUCGGAAGUCCUUUCACUAUUACUUGCGUCAUCACAAACACCCUGAAACCACCGGAAUACGUGUCUUGGAACGUUGACUCGAAAUCUUUAAAUUUUGGGAGUCAAGAUCAACACCACCAACCCUCAGCCUUUAAAAAAAGGUGGAAUGGAGCAGGUUAUUCUGUGACAUUUGAUCCCGGUCCACCUUCGGUUAGCCGUCUAAUGGUUAACAGUGCAACUCCAUCUGAUUCCGGGCGUUACACUUGUCAGCCAUCCAGUGGACUUUCAGCUUCCACUCAUGUUCAUGUGGCACUUGGUAAUGAGAUGGCUGCUAUACAGGCUGCCGACACAGCAGGCAGAGGUGGAUGUUUGCGGUGGUUUUUAUUAACAGUUGCCAUUGUUUUACCAUUACUCAACCUCAAUUGGUACGAUUAAUAUUGAGUCAUGUUUCUGGAAAGAUUCCACAAAACUAAUUCUGUU